AUGUCCUCAAUAAAAUCGCUGGAUUCAAAGUCAGUGCACAAGUUGUGCUCUAGCCAAGUCGUUGUCUCCCUGGGUAUUGCAAUCAAAGAACUGCUGGAAAACAGUAUUGAUGCAGGUGCCAAAAGAAUUGGUAGGUGUCUGUAGUCUCAACUUUACUAGAUUUUAUUCAGAAAUUAAACUAAAAAACUAUGGUUCUGACGCAGUGGAAGUCGUUGAUGAUGGAAGUGGUAUACGGGAGGAAAAUUUCAACACACUCGGUACUUUCUUUUUUGGUUUUUUUACAAGCUAAAUUUCUAGGCAAAAAACACAGCACGUCCAAGAUUUCAACGUUCGAGGAUUUGGCAAGCGUCGCCUCGUUUGGUUUCCGUGGAGAGGCCCUCAACUCUCUUUGUCACCUGGCGUAA